GUUUUGCUUUGGCAUUGCAUCGAGUUUGUUCGUUCGUUCGGGUGUGCGCUUCGGAAGGCGAGAGGAGAAAAAUUUGCAAAAUCAGCAGAAAAUCGAUUCCACUUCCGCACAGUGUUUGAUUAAUCAACGCAGUUUCCAGCGAAAGCAAAACGCUUGCCACCAUGUCGACGGAGAAGGAAAACAUUUUCCUCUUUGUGCCGAACCUGAUUGGUUACGCCCGGAUCGUGCUGGCCAUCGUGUCCUUUUACUACAUGCCCACGAACUACGUGAUUGCCAGCUGGUGCUACAUCAUCAGCGUGCUGCUGGACGCCCUCGAUGGCCACGCCGCGCGCCACUACAAUCAAUCCACCAAAUUCGGCGCCAUGCUCGACCAGCUGACGGACCGGUGUGGCACGAUGGGCCUGCUCGUCACGCUCAGCUACUUCUACCCGCGGUACAUGUUCUGGUUCCAGGCGUCGAUGGCCAUCGACGUCGCCUGUCACUGGUUCUACCUGCACACGACCGUCCUGCAGGGCAAAACGUCGCACAAGUUCAUCGACAUGUCCGGCAAUCCGAUCAUGCGCGUCUACUACACGAACCGGAUCGUGCUGGGGCUGAUGUGUCUGUUCAACGAGCUGUUUUACGCCGCGCUCUACCUGCUGUACUUUACCCCGGGACCGUUGAUCCUCGGAAUGUCCUCGUUCAAGCUGCUGGCGAUCGUGUCGGCCCCGGUGGCGAUCGCCAAGACGGCCAUCUCCGUGAUCCACGGGUACGUGGCCAGCCUCAACAUUGGCGUGAUUGACGUGGCCGAGCGGGCGGCCCAGCGGGAGCGGGAAGCGGCCAAAAAGCCCCAGUAAGAAGAAAAAAGGUAAGAAGUGAUGCGAUCUCCGCGCGUGACGUUGGUUUUGGUCGUGGUCGAACUCUGUUCGAAGUACCUGACCUGGAAGAGGGCAGCACCAGAGACCAUCGCCGGAUCGAGCCGCCCUCGCGGAGAGGACAAACAAGUAUUCGCGCGGUCAAUGUCGAGUUUAAUAUGAAUGUUGUGUAAUAAGAAACAAAAAAAAACUAACCCUUUCUUCCCUUGUGUGUGUCUGUUAGUAAUCGAUGUUUUGUUUAGCAAAUACAAAGGGGAAAAUCGGGAACAAAUCGGUUCCAGGGUUUAAGAUUUAAAACAGAGCAGGAUUGGAAUUUGUACCAAAAAUAAGGAAAAGAGAUAUGACAAUUUACUUUACACAAACAAACACUAAACACGUGAGACUGCAAAGUCUAGCCAAAAUGAGAGAAAACGAGAAAUCAUUUACGAUAAAUAACACUUAGUUAAGGCACUAAAGUCACUCUCACUUGCACCUGUCAACGCGCUGGUAACAACACAGGAGUUAGUAACAUUUAUGUUUUUAAACAAAUCAGUCAAGCCAUUGAGAAGCAGCACUUUCACGCUUUAUCAUUCCACGAGGACGAGGAAAUAAAAUGAAAAUUUGAUAUUAUUAAAAAAAAAUGAGGGGAAGAGUGAUGUUGUAGCAGGCCAGUGUGAGGUUAUCCCUUUCUUGUGGUAGAGAAGAAAAAUGUAGGUUCGUAAGAAUGUCCGAAUGUGUCACACACCUUUCACCGAGUAGUAAAUUAGUAGAA